AUGGAGCUUGGAGGGAAGCCUAAUCUUUCAGACUUUUGUCCUUUGCUAAAGCCAUUUGACCUACAAGGUAUAAGGCGGAGUACGAAGGUUCCUUACGAUCGACUGCAUUGGUUGAUUGACAACAUGAUUGAUCAACGUUUGGAAUUUAGAGCAUCUGGAUCACCGAGGUGUGAUGACUUGUUAGAUGUCCUCCACCUCAGCAAAGAACAGGGCCAGAAGGAAUUUAACCGUCCGAAUAUCAAAGACUUGUUCAUUGGAGGAACUGAUAAAACUAGCGCUACAAUUGAAUGGGCAAUGACUGAGCUUCUUCGCAAUCCUGACAUAAUGGCCAAGGCAAAACAAGAACUUACUGAAACAAUUGGAAUAGGAGAAAACAUACAAGAAAAAGACAUCCCACGACUUCCCUAUCUUCAAGAUGUGCUUAAAGAAACAAUGCGGCUUCAUCCAAUAGCACCUCUUCUCCUUCCUCGUUUCCAUGUUGAUGUGGAAGUUUGUGGAUACACCAUUCCUAAACACACCCAAGCGAUUGUAAAUGCAUGGGCGAUAGCACGAGAUCCCAUGUACUGGGACAAGCCAACACAAUUUAAACCAGAAAGGUUCAUCGACUCUAAAGUGGAUUUCAGAGGCAUGAACCUCUCUUUUAUGCCAUUUGAUUCUGGGAGGCGGAUUUGCCCAGGUUUAGAUCUUGCUGUAAGAAUGCUGAGCUUGUUGCUAGCUUCUCUCAUUCACCACUUUAAUUGGAAGCUUCCUGACCGAAUGGCACCAGAAGAUAUUGACAUAAAAGACAAAUUUGGAAUUACAUUGCAGAAGGCUAUUGCAGGAAAAGAUUGGCCUUUGCCCCUUUUAAAAAAACAAUCCAGUAUUUUGCCAUCUUUUCUAAACUAA